AUGAUCAACAAAAUAUUGAACGGGUGGCGUAUAUCGUUCCUUUUGAACUUGGUUAUUUUCCUUGUACAACAACUAGGGUUGUACUACAUCCUUUUUGAAUAUAACAAAUUGAUAUUGUUACUAUGUUUAUUUGAUAUAUAUAUUUUUAUUCAUUUUUUCUUUAAUAACUCUCAAUCAUUUAGUGCUGUGAAAGGGGGUAAAUGUUGGGUGUUAUAUGUAUAUUCUAUUUCAAUAAAAGUAAUAUUUAUGUAUUUUUUUGCAUUUAAUGAUAAUUUUUUUUUAGCAGAUAUGACAAAGGAUUAUUAUAAUAAGUGUGUGAUAUUUCUGUUGUUAAAUUUGAGUACCCUAAUAUAUACAGCCUUAUCUGUAAAAUCAUAUAAACAAUUAUAUGAAGAUGAUAUAACAAUAUCUAAUGAGAAAUUAUUUCAUAAUGAUUUAAUAUUACAUGUAGUUAUAGAUUUGUUUGAUAUGUUUGAACUUUUAUUCACAUUAGUAAAAAUGUCCUAUAUUAUAAAAAAUACAAAUUUUUGGAUAAAAAUUAUGGGAGGAGUCUUAAUUUCAUUCUCUCUUUAUUUGAAUGCUUAUUCAUUUCCUAUCAUAUCUAUUGUACCAGAAAAAAAUAAUAAAAAUCUAGAUUUAGGAGAUAUCUACUUUUGUAAAAAACAUGCUGCCAUGAUUGGUAUUAUAUUAGUAGAUAUUCCUUUUAUGAUUCUACGAUUUUAUUUUCUAGCAUUCUUCUUUUCAAAUAUUCACUUUCAACCCCUCCUAAUUAAAAAUAUUUGUUUUAUACCCAUCAAAUGUAAAGCUAUAAAAAAUUGUAAUUUUAUAUUUGAACAGCUAAAAAAAAAUAUACACCAUUCAAAUAAACACACAAAAAAUAAAUAUAUCAACUCCCAACAAACCUGCACUUAUGACUCUUAUUUGAAAAAUGGACGACAAAAAAAAAAAUCCUCCUUAAUAUAUAAUACUAAUAAUUUUGUUUCUCUCACCGUGGCUUUCAGAAAUUCGGUGGACAUACGAUCCAUUGCGUCCAUAAGAAAUGAAAUAAAUAACAAUAGGGCAUUAAAAAAUAAAACGGGGGAAAAACAAAUGGGCAAAAUGGGCAAAAUGGGCAAAAUGGGCAAAAUGGGCAAAAUGGGCAAAAUGGGCAAAAUGGGCAAAAUGGGCAAAAUGGGCAAAAUGGGCAAAAUGGGCAAAAUGGGCAAAAUGGACAAAAUGGGCAAAAUGGACAAAAUGGGCAAAAUGGACAAAAUGGGCAAAAUGGACAAAAUGGGGGACAGCCAAAUGGGGAAAAUGGAGGGAAACCAAAUGGGGAAAAUGGGGGAUAAUCAUACCUGUGAUAAUCAUACGAGUGAUAGUCAUACCUGUGAUAGUCAUACCUGUGAUAGUCAUACCUGUGAUAAUCAUACCAGUGAUAAUAAUACAUGUAACAAUCAUACCAGUGAUAAUAAUACAUGUAACAAUCAUACCUGUGAUAAUCAUACCUGUGAUAAUCAUACCAGUGAUAAUAAUACAUGUAACAAUCAUACCUGUAAUAAUCAUACCUGUAAUAAUCAUACCUGUAAUAAUCAUACCUGUAAUAAUCAUACCUGUAAUAAUCAUACCUGUAAUAAUCAUACCAGUGAUAAUAAUACAUGUAACAAUCAUACCUGUGAUAAUAAUACAUGUAACAAUCACACCUUGGGUAAUCCCCAUUUUUAUAACCCCCAUUUUUACAAUAACACCUUGGAUAUGCCAAAUAAUAAGAAAGAAACCCACAACAACUUUAGUCAUAACGACACGCAGGAGAACAAUAUUAUGAAGAACAAAGAUGGUCUAUACCUAAACACCAAAAGUUAUGAUAACAAUUUAUUUGGUGCAUCUAAUAAGCUCACGAGUCACCAUGAAAAUAUAAAAAAGAUAAUAGAAUUGAAUACAACAAAACUUGUCGAAGAACGAAAUAAUUCAUUACUAGAUAUAAACGAAUAUAAUAACAAUAGUAAUGAUUUGAAUGAAUAUUUUGAUAAUUUAAUAGAAAAUAAUAUAUUGUCCUAUAGAAAAAUGAAUAUAAAAAAAAAUAAAAUAGGAACCAAAUUUAUUAUGAAUAAAUUAAUGUAUACUAAUGUAUCGAAUAAUGAAAGAUAUAGAUAUUAUUUAGAUGAUAAUUUAAAAGUUUCUUAUAUUAAUCAGUUGAGAUUAAUGAUACCAUAUAUUACAUAUUGUUUAGGAAAAAUAGCUAUGUCUAUUGUUUUUUAUAUUUUUUAUAUAAAAUUUGACAUAAGUUAUUUAAAAUUAAUUUUAACAGAUUAUAAAAUGUAUUUUAAAUUAUUUGAACAUAAGAAUAUUAUAUUUAUUGUUUCUUUUUCUAUAAUAUUAGGAAAUACAAUUAUAUCAUUCUUUUCAUUCAUUUUUUUGUCUUCCUUUUUUGAAGUAGUAUUAUCAACUUUAUUUAUAUUUAUAAAAUGUAUUUCAGAGUUCUUAUUCCUUUUAUUAUUAGUAUAUAAUGAAGUUUUUGAAAUCUUUCUUAGAAAUAUUAAACAACCGGAUAAAUAUGCUCCAUACUUCUUUUUAACAUUUGCUGUUAUCCCAUCAUUUAAAAUUAUUAGAAAUAUAUACUUUUUUCUGUGUGCCUUAUCAGGAAGGCAAUUUAUAGCAUAUAUUAUCAGACCAUUUAUUAAAGAUAAAAACAUAAGUAAAUUACCCAACUUUUUUAAUAUAAAAGAAUAUAAUAAUAAUAAUAAUAAUAAUAAUAAUAAUAAUGCUCAUAAUAAUAAUGCUCAUAAUAAUAACAAUGCUCAUAAUAAUAAUAUUUCGCACAACAUGAACUACAUAAAUGAAGAUUAUUAUUUAUUUAAUAAUAAUGACAUGUAUACAAAAAAUACUGUCAAAGGAGAUUAUAAAGGAUUCAUAUCUAUUGCUUCCUUACUAAUAUAUAUUAAUACAAAAUAUAUGCAUGGAUUAGCUUCUUUAUCAACAUUAAUGCUAGGAAAUAAUUUUAUUAAAAAUUUAAGACUUAAUUAUAAUUUAAGAAAUAAUCAUAUAUUACUUAUAUUUAUUAACUUCUUUACAAGAUUAUCAUUAUUAUUAUUUAUUUAUGUACAUUACAAAACUAGUGAUAAAUUAUAUGAAUAUGUAGAAUAUUUCUAUUAUUUAGUCACUUUUAUAUUUAUAGUAGAUUUUAUUUUUAAAUGGAUCUAUAUGUUCAUAUCACAUAAUCUAAGAUUGUGUGCCGCAUAUCACCUAGAAUUAAAAUCUAUGUAUGAAGACAUUUAUUAUCAUAGCCAAAUCAAAAAGGAAUCAUCAAAAAUAUAUUUAAAACAACUAUAUACAAAAUAUCAAACCAACAAUUUUUAUUACUACAACAUUCCUCUCUUUUCAGAAUUUAUAUGA